AUGUCCGACUCACCGGUAGCCCGCGUGAGCUGGCCUCAUGGUCCCUUUAUAGGGCAUGAGUUUAAUUUUUGGAAGCGACGGCGUGAAAUUCCAUUCCAUAAGACUGAAGCCGAGCUAAGCCUUCUGGAUAAUUUACAGGGAAACAGUCAAGUGACUGCGCCAACUCAGGCCAAAUCGGCCUCUGUGCCCAACACCAAAGGCCCUGAUGUUAAACCUCGUCUUCUUCUAAUGGGACUCCGCCGGAGUGGUAAGUCAUCCAUUGCUAGUGUGGUAUUCCAUAAGAUGCCGCCAAAUGAGACACUCUUUUUGGAGUCCACGACCCGGAUUCAGAAGGACUCGAUCCACUCUUUUAUGGACUUCCAAGUCUGGGACUUCCCGGGUCAGCUCGAGUACUUUGAGUCCGCCUUCGACCUCGAGGAUAUAUUCGGCAGUCUGGGCGCCCUGGUUUGGGUGAUCGACGCACAGGAUGACUACUUAGACUCGGUGGCGCGGCUCAACCGCACCAUAUUGACUGUCCAGCAAUUCUAUCCCGGCAUCAACAUUGAAGUCUUCAUUCACAAGGUCGAUGGACUGUCAGACGAGUACCGCACCGACACGUUCCAGGACAUUGUGCAGCGCAUCUCCGACGAGCUCAGUGACGCUGGAUAUGAGAAUGCGCCCGUGCACUACUAUCUGACCUCUAUCUACGAUUACUCUGUCUUUGAAGCCUUCAGCAAAGUGAUUCAGAAGCUGAUUCCCAACCUAUCUACACUUGAGAACCUCAUCAACACGCUCGCCAACAACUGUGGGUUUGAAAAGACGUACCUCUUUGAUGUUCUGAGUAAAAUUUAUAUCGCCUCCGACACCCGGCCUGUUGAUAUGGCUUGCUACGAGAUGUGCUCUGAUUAUAUCGAUGUGAUUGUCGAUAUCUCCGAGUUGUACUCUUGGGAUCACCCAGCUCGCAAGCGAUUGGGUGACCAGAUCCAAGAAGCUGAAAGCCAUGUGGUGUUGCAUGAUCAGACCAUGAUCCAUUUGAUGGAGAUGAACAAGUACCUCUGUCUAGUGUCGGUGAUUCGCAACCCCGAAGCCAAGGACAAGCGAGGCCUGAUUGAUAUGAACUGCCGUACUUUCCAAGAUGCCUUGAAUGAAGUCUUCUCGCGCAGCUGGGAAGAAGGGUCCGCGGCCCAAGAAGGGGAAUCUGCAACUGCAAGCAAGUGA